AUGCCACGAUCCUUAAUCAGUGAAUUCUUACCGCUGCUGGCUCGGCUCAAGUGGUCACAAAGCCUCGACGCCAUGAUCGGAAUCAUUGGAGAUUCCAACACUGGCAAGUCCACCUUGCUAAAUACCUUGCUGGGCCAACGACUACUUCCGACCAGUUACAAAUCCUGUACCUCGGCCAUCACCAGUGUGCAACUGGUGGAAGGCCUUCAGGAGCCGGAGCUCUCCUUUGUUUGGAAGGAGCCCGAGCAGGUCUGUGGCCGCAAGGAGGUGUUGAACCGCAUCAAGUCCCUCAACGAGGAGAUCCGAGAGAGUGGCUCCAAAGAUGUGGUCGACUUGCGAAUCACUUGUCAGCCGACGAGCAGGUUGUAUGACCUGGGCAUCUGCGAUGGCUCGCUGCGCCUCGUGGACAUGCCUGGGCAAGAUGAGACUGACAAUCCUGUGGUGAAGGACUGUUUCGAUCAGCUCCUCUCCAUGUGUCACGGCCUCAUCGUCCUGGUGAAGCACAGUGCAGUACGUAGCGAUUCCUUGGCGCUGUUGAUGGAUCGCAUCGCUCAAGAAGCGCCGCACCUCUUCACCACACCGGGCGCUUUGACCUUCGUCAUCUCCCAGGUGGAUGCCGUGCGCAUCGACGAGUCGGACGACGAGACGGGCGGCGGUGAGCGCGUCUUGCGAGACCUGAAGAAGGAGCUGCUGCAAUACUUGGCCAAUCGUGACUGCCUCAUGUUGUUCCCCGGAUUUCUCAGUGAUGUGAAGGUCUUUUGCGUCUCAGUCGAUCAGAAGAUGGUCGGUGCUCGUGAGUUUGGCUCCCUCGUUGAAGCUGUGGGGGAGCUCCAUAGCAUCAUCCAUGAUCUCAAGCGCUCACGGCAAGAGAAACUCUGCAGAGAAAUCUAUGACAUCUUUAAUGAUCGCUUGGAGGGCCUUGGAAAGGUCUACCCUUCCAGAGCUGCCGAGGUCCUCGAGCAGGAACGCCAUGAACAAGUCGUGAAACAGGCCUCCCUGGCCGUAGCCGCCGCCUCCUUCUUGGUCACCAUCCCUUUGGGCGGCUGGGGCCUGGCGGUUGGCUGCGCCGUGCGCUGCGCCGCCGCAGGCACUGCCCUGGGUGUGGGAGUGGUGGCUUCAGUGAAUGCUGCAGAGACCACAACGAGUGGCGAAGAAACUGAGGAGGUGACUCUGGGUGGUCAAAGCUGCUUGGGCGCUGGCCGCUUUGGAGCCAUUGGGGCACAACAAGCCAAUGCGCGCGUGGUCUUCAACCGCACGGCGCAGACCAUUCGAGAAGGACGAGCGUAUGAAGAUACCUUGCUGGAUGCGGAUGGUUCGCCGGUCUACAUUGGAGACUUUGUGGGGGAAGUUCCUCAUGGACAAGGACGGCUCUUUUGGAAGAGCAGCAACUUUGAAGCCUUCAUCGGAAGCUUCAAGAAUGGACGGCCAAGAGAAGGUUUGUUCAUCAACGAGAAGGGCUUCUGUGUCGCUCGCGGUGAGAUGACGGCGGCUGGCGCCAUCACGGUGACCGGGACGCAGCCGGACGAGGAGAUCUCCGUGUUGGACACCGCGGUGGACACUGCGGAGCCCUUGGAAUCUUUAGAGGAUUUUCUGGACGAGGAGCCCAACGAAAAGGGCACGUGGAAGGAUGGGACCGAGGGUCUCGACUCCCCCAGUGACUUGACCCGGGAGGCUGGGUACAUCAGCAACACUUGA